GAGGCGGGGACACGACCAGCUGGGGCUGCGGGCCGGAGGGGCCAGAAGAAGGGGGAGGGCGGGGCCAUCUGCGGGGCCGAGACGACGCCACACCGAGUGAACGUUUGGGCCCGAGGGGAGCGAUGCUGUGGUUCCAGGGUGCCAUUCCGGCGGCCAUCGCAUCAGCCAAGAGGAACGGCGCGAUCUUCGUGGUGUUCGUGGCAGGUGAUGAUGAGCAGUCUACACAGAUGGCUGCAAGUUGGGAAGAUGAGAAAGUGACAGAAGCAUCUUCAAACAGUUUUGUUGCUAUUAAGAUCGACACCAGAAGUGAAGCCUGCCUGCAAUUUUCACAAAUCUAUCCUGUAGUAUGUGUUCCAUCCAGUUUCUUUAUUGGAGACAGUGGAAUUCCUUUGGAAGUAAUAGCAGGAAGUGUUUCUGCAGAUGAACUUGUAACCAGAAUUCACAAGGUUCGGCAGAUGCACUUGUUAAAAGGUGAAUCUUCAGUAGCAAAUGGCAGCCAGUCAGAAAAUUCAGUCUGCACUCCAUCCACUCCACUUGGUCCUAACAGUACUUCUGAAAACUCUCCGCCCAGAAAUGCAGAGCUCUGUGAGACCCCACCUGUUCCUCCUGAUACAAAGUUAGAUUCUGCAACAGGAGGAGACAGUUCCGACCAGCCCUCUUCAUCCCAGGAUUCCAGCGGACGCUCAAAUCAGAGACCUGCAGAGGACCUCACCAGCAGAGUAGAAAGAUUAACCAAAAAACUUGAAGAAAGGAGAGAAGAAAAAAGGAAAGAGGAAGAACAGAGAGAGAUUAAGAAGGAAAUUGAGAGGAGAAAAACUGGAAAAGAGAUGUUGGAUUAUAAAAGAAAGCAAGAAGAAGAAUUAACUAAAAGGAUGUUAGAGGAAAGAAACAGAGAAAAGGCAGAAGAUAGAGCAGCUCGAGAACGUAUUAAACAGCAGAUUGCACUGGACCGUGCGGAAAGGGCUGCUCGUUUUGCAAAGACAAAGGAAGAAGUAGAGGCUGCCAAAGCUGCUGCCUUGCUGGCCAAACAGGCAGAAAUGGAUGUCAAGAGAGAGGCUGCUGCAAAAGAAAGAAGCAAUGUUGCAAGAAUUCAGUUCCGUCUUCCAGAUGGGUCUUCCUUUACAAAUCAGUUCCCUUCUGAUGCUCCUUUAGAAGAAGCAAGGCAUUUUGCUGCACAGACUGUUGGCAACACUUAUGGUAACUUUUCACUAGCAACCAUGUUUCCCAGGAGGGAAUUUACCAAAGAUGAUUACAAAAAGAAACUAAUUGAUUUGGAACUUGCCCCAAGUGCUUCAGUGGUACUUUUGCCGGCUGGAAGACCGACGACAUCCAUGGUACCUUCUUCCAGUGGAGACAUUUGGACAUUGUUGGGAACAGUGCUUUACCCAUUCCUUGCCAUCUGGAGAUUGAUUAGCAACUUCCUAUUUAGUAAUCCUCCUCCUGCACAGACUUCAGUGAGAACAGCUCCAGCAUCAGAACCCUCAAAUCUUGGACCAUCUAGCAACUCAGAGAAAAGGGAACCAGUCAGAAAAAGAGUACUGGAGAAACGAGGGGAAGACUUUAAAAAGGAGGGGAAGAUAUAUAGAUUGAGGACUCAAGAUGAUGGUGAAGAUGAAAACAACACUUGGAAUGGAAAUUCUACUCAACAGAUGUAGUGACAAGUACAAUAUAUCUGAUAAUCAUUGUUUCUCUUAUGAUUUAAUUCAACUAAAAUUUACUGAGAAGUGGGACUAUGUUUUCCAACAGAUUUAUAAGUAUCUUUGCUAUUAAGCAGGUUAUAGUUAUUUAACUCAGACAAGAGGUCAAAAUAACUGGUUGCUAGGUCCCUGUAUAUUUGUAACCAACUGAUGAAACCUUAAAAAAAAAAAAUCACAACAUCUGCCACAACAUUUCCCUUUAUCAGAUUUCACAUACCCGCUAGCCCUAUGCUUUUAGAUAUGUUCUGUUUAGUACUAUUUUGCUUCAGAAACUUAAUCCAACACAAAUAAGUCACUGAGUAAUUUAAUCAGAACAUUUAACUAGCCAAUCAGAUCAUUUGUUUAGCUAUUCUCUUUUUGCUCAUUAGCUGCAAGCAAAAUCUUGUAGUUUUUCAAUACUGAAUAAAAACCUUUUCCAAAAAUUGAACUCAUUUUAACUUUCGUUAUCUUUUUUGUUGCACAGGACUCUGUUGAGGUCGUGUGUCAGAUUCCCCCCACUUUUCAGGAACACUCAGAAAAGUAUCUGGACACCUUACCAUAAAUGUCACCGAAGGGAGAAAAUGUCUGCCACACACUAAUACUGUUCUUAGGGUCUUAGGUCAGUGAACAUUUUAUUAGCACAAUGUUAAUCUGCAUCUUCUUAGAAGCCAUAGGACAACUGAUAAGUCUUCCACUUAGUUCUCUCUUACCUUUAAAAUGAAGUUUUUCUACUAGUAAUCACCCUGCAGACUUAGAGCACCUGUAGUAUGGAAUAACAAUUUACAGAUUUGGUUAUUCUUAAGAAUUUAAAAAGUAGGGUGGGAGUAGUUAGUAUAAUGGUCAUGCAAAGAAACUCUCAUGCCUGAAGCUCCAAAGUCCCAGGGUCAAUCCCCUGCUCCUCCACAAGCUAGAGCAGAGCUCUGGUAAGAAAAGAAAAAAUUAAAGUAGUUCUGGAGGUGUCACAGUGGAUAACACAUUGAACUCUCAAGAAUGAGGUUACAAAUUCAAUCCCUGGCACCACACGUGCCAGAGUUAUGUUCUACCACUAGGUAGUUCACCACCACUAGAUAAAUUUUAAAACAAAAACUUAUAAAAGAUGCUUCAUCUGACUUGCAUACUAUUUUUGCAGUAAAGACCAAUAAACUAAGAAUCUUUGGGAAAAGGAGUUUGAUGAUUUUUUUAACUGUUUCAGAUGGAUUUUUCUUUUGACCUACUAGGUUUAUUGCUGGGGCUCGCUGCCUAUAUGGCUCCACCAUCCUGGCUGCCACAUUUUAUAUAUAAAUAUAUAUAUAUAUAUAUAUAUAUAUAUGUGUGUGUGUGUGUAUAUAUUUUUUGUUUUCCCUUUUUCUUUUGACACAAGGAGAGACAGGGGAAACACCUGUAGCACAGCUCUACUAGUUGUGAAAGAUUUCCCCAGUAGCGACGUAUUGAAGGCUUGACCCUGAUCCUUGCAUAUGGUCAUGUGUGCCUUUGAGCAAGCAACCACCCAUCCCAAGGAAGUGCCAUCCUUGAGCAAACAUUUUUCCCCCCUUUUGUUGCCCUUGUUGUAGCUUCGUUGUGGUUAUUAUUAUUGCCCUUGUUGACGCAAUUCGUUGUUGGAUAGGACAGAGAGAAAUGGAGAGAGGAGGGGAAGACAGAGAAGGGGAGAGAAAGAUAGACACCUGCAGACCUGCUUCUCCGCCUGUGAAAUGACUCCCCUGCAGGUGGGGAGCCGGGGGCUCGAACCGGGUUCCUUACACCGGUCCCUGUGCUUUGCGCCACAUGCGCUUAACCCACUGGGCCACCGCCCAACCCCCCAAACAUUUUUUAAGUAAAUGAUUUUUUUCACCUGUGAACUAGUAAUGACUUAAAAAUUGUAAGGUCUUAGAGCAUAAUGGGUAUGCAAAAGACUCUCCUGCUUGAAGCUCUGAGGUCCCAGGUUCAAUCCCUGGCACCAGACAAGCCAGAGAUGAGCAGUGCUCUGGUAAAGAUUAUAAAUAAAAGGUUGACAAGGAGACAGAUCAGAUUAUGCCAUUCUGAAAAACUAUCAGAAACAACCACUUCACACUCUUUGACCCAGUAAUGUUUUCUAAGGAAUGAUUCUAGGGUAGACAGGAGCUUAACGUCAGCAUAUUAAAUACUAUUAAAAAUUAGAAACAUAUGACUUCUGUAAAAGUAACUGCUGAUGAGAAAUUGUACAGUGUUAAUUCAGUAACUUGAAGAUUUGAAUACCUGUUAGAUGUGGGAGGGGAAAAACAGGGUACAGAGUUGUAAGUACAGUAUGAUCUCAGCUUUGUAAAUAAAAUUCAUAUAUAAACUACUAUAUAUUGCCAUAUAUAUAAAGAUAAAGACACCAAAACAAUGGUGAUUAUGAUUUUAAUUCUCUUUUGACCCCUUUGUUUUCCUAAUUUUUCUGCAGUAAUCAUGUUAUUCCCAUAACUUAGAAAGUGAUUAUAAAAAUGAAAAAUCUCCAGUAAGAAUCUCAUUUUAGCAAGCCUGUCAUCUUUAGAAAUAUAGCAUAUGCAAUUCUUAAAAAACAGUCAAAUGGACAUGAUCUUAAAUGUUACUAUUAUAAAUAUAUUUGUAAAAACCUUGGAGUACCUCAAGCCAAUUUGUCUAGGAAUAAACCAAGUAUAGAUCUGGAGAAAUAUACAUAAAAAAAAAUCAUAAUAUUUGAAUAGGAUGAUCCUCUAUUUAAAAAAAUGUAUAAGAAAUCAAAUAGUAAAGACUGUAAAACAAAAACUCUCCUUGUUUGCAUCUUAAUGUCAGCCCUUUCCCCAGAGAUAAACUCUAUUAAUAGUUUCUUUUGUAAUCUUCAGGAAAAAAUUUAUGGAUAUAAGCAAAUAUGUAAUCUAUUUUUUAAAUAAAUGGGAUCAUAUUAUA